AUGGCCCCUCCUGAAGACGACGCCCAGCGCAUCGAGCGCGAGCGCGCCGCUGACGCCGAGCGUCUCCAGCGCGAGGCCGCCGCCAAGGCUGCCGCCGAUCGCGAGGCUGCCCUCGACGCCCUCGAGGCCAAGCACGCCGCCGUCCACGCCCAAGCCAUCGCCGUUGUCAACAUCAAGGUGCUGAUCCCCAUCACCCUUGAUCGUGCCGCCAACAACUACGAUCGCUGGCGGAAACUAUUCCUCGUCAUCCUCGGGAAGUACGCCCUCACCGACCACGUCCUCUCCGACGCCGCCUACCCGGAGCGAUCUGCGUGGGUGCAAAUGGACUGCACUGUUCUCACGUGGAUCUACGGCACCAUCACCGCCGAUCUGCAGCAGCAGGUCAUGCUCCGGGAUCCCUCCGCUCGCGUCGCUUGGGCCGUCCUCGACAACGAGUUCCUCGGCCAGCGGGAGUCGCGCGCUCUCGUCCUCUCCGCGGAGUUCCGGUCGUUCAAGCAAGGCGCCCUCUCCAUCACAGACUAUUGCCGGCGGCUGGAGACUAUGGCGAGCGCCCUCGCCGAGUUCGGUGACCCCGUUGGCGACCGGAGCUUGGUGCUGACCUUGCUCCGUGGGCUGAACGGAAAGUUCAAGCCGAUGGUGUCCAACCUCAGGCUGCAGCGCCCCUUCCCAACGUUUGAUCAGGCCCGCACCCAUCUUCUUCUCGAGGAGCUCGACAUCAACGACACCACCGCUGAUGAUGUCCCGCCUGCCCUCUACGUCGCGCCGUCAUCUGGCGGCUCCUCCGGCGGCUCAGGUGCUCCCUCCGGCGGGGCGCAAGGCGGCGGCCAGCGCAACAACAACCGCCGCCGCGGUCGCAACGGCAAGAACGCCGCCCCUCAUCAGGGCGGACAUGGCGGUCCGGGCGCCACCAGCGGUCAGGGCGCCACCGGCGGGCAGGGCGGGCUUCGUCCCGGUCCCCCACCGCCGCUCGCCCCCAUUCCCAACCCGUGGACGGGCACCGUGCAGCUGUGGCCUCACCCCUACAACGCCGGCGCUCCCUCCGGGUCUGCGUUCCGCCCACCACCCUCGCCGUUCCAGCAUCCAGCAGCGUUCACCGCCAUCCCGCAACCCUACUACACGCCGUCGCCGGGGUCCUACAUGCCGCACCACGGCACAUACGGCGCCCCUCCCAGCUUCAACUACGGGGGUGCGACCACGCCCAUGGCGUCCUACCCUGCUGCACCGUCGCAGCAGCAGUCCUCCUGGACACCGAUGGCCGGCGGAUCGUGGAACCAGCAGUCGCUGAUCGACAAUUUCAGCACCAUGUCCCUCACUCCGCCGCCCUCUCAAGCUGAGUGGUACGUCGACUCGGGGGCUGGAUCACACAUGGCAAAUAACACUGGUAUACUCACCUUCUCCCAUCCUCCUUCCUCCUCCUGUCCUCCUUCUAUCAUCGUCGGUAACGGCGCCCUUCUUCCCGUUACCUCCACCGGGUCCUCCUCUUUUAUCACGCCACAUCGGCCUCUUAUUCUUUCUAAUGUUUUAGUCAGUCCUGGCAUUAUUAAGAAUUUGAUUUCCGUUCGUCGCUUUACCACUGAUAAUAACUGUUCCAUUGAGUUUGACCCAUUCGGCCUUUCUGUGAAGGAUCUUCAAACUCGGAGCGUGAUCGCCAGGUGCAAUAGUUCGGGUGAUCUAUACCCGUUUCUUCCACCGGCCACCAGCAUCACCGCCCUCACAGCCACCGCUGCCUCCAACACCCUCUGGCACCGUCGUCUCGGUCAUCUUGGCCAAAAUGCUCUCUCCAAACUAGUUACCUCCAAAGCUAUCCAGUGUAAUAAAAGCACUGCUGAACCUCUAUGUCAUGCCUGUCAAUUAGGUCGCCAUGUACGCCUUCCUUUCAGCAUGUCAAACAGUCGUGCGUCGAAACCUUUCGAUUUAAUUCACUGUGAUCUUUGGACGUCACCUAUUGUUAGUGCAUCGGGUUAUAAAUAUUAUCUUGUUAUUCUUGAUGACUGCACCCAUUUCGCUUGGACUUUUCCCCUUCGUCUCAAAUCUGAGACGUUUGGGGUCCUGUCCAAUUUUUUCGCUUAUGCACGCACGCAAUUUGGCGCCUCCAUCAAGGCCGUCCAGUGCGACAAUGGCCGUGAGUUUGAUCACUCUUUGACCCGCACGUUCCUCCUCACCCAUGGCGCCAUUCUUCGCAUGUCGUGUCCCUACACCUCACAACAAAAUGGUAGAGCUGAACGCAUCCUUCGCACCAUCAACAACAUCGUUCGCUCUCUCCUUUUUCAAGCUAGUCUACCUCCCUCUUACUGGGCUGACACUUUACACACCGCCACCUAUCUUCUUAACCGUCACCCCACUAAGACACUAGACAGCCGCACUCCCUUCUUCGCUCUCCAUGGCACGCCUCCAACCUACGAUCAUCUUCGUGUUUUUGGAUGUGCCUGUUACCCUAACCUAUCAUCCACAGCUCCCCACAAACUCUCUCCUCGCUCAUCCCUAUGUGUCUUCCUUGGUUACUCCGCGGAUCACAAAGGGUACCUUGGGCGCCGCUGUGGCUGA